AUAAAUAACAUCCACAUAUUCAUCCCCGUGUUUAGAAGUGAAAUAGGAGAAUGUUGUGACGUCAGCCAAAACAGUGUGAGGAAACCACUAUUGUCAUGGUGAGAUGGUGAAGUCCGAGGCGUGCAGGGAGUAGGAGCGGCGGCAGGCGGCACUGCAGUGGCACAACAAUGCUGAGCUAUGAGGGGCUGCAGGACGUGCUGACAGCGGCGGUGGUAGUGGUGGCAGUGGCCGUGGUGGUGGCGGCAGCCUGGAUCUCCACCAGUGUACGGGAGCAGCCUCUGGUGGCCACAGCGGUGGUGGUGUUCCACAGUGGAGGGACAGUGGAGAGCAGCGGCAGUAGCAGUGGUGUUGGUGGUGGUAGUAGUGGCGGUGGUGGUGAUGUGAACACGACAGAGACGCAGGGCAGUGAGGCGGCAGCCACAGCGGUGGAGAAGGACAGUGAAGCCAUGGGGGGCGUGGUGCAGGACUCACACAGGACUCAGCCAGUGAACUCCAGUGAGGCGGAGGCUGCGGGGGAUGGGAGCGGGGGCGGGGGUGGUGUGGAGCCGGAGGGUGGCCAGGGGGCUGCUGGUGACGUCCAUGCCCCGCCAGAGAGGCUGCGGGAGGACGGGCCAGAGAUGGAGGUGAGGAGGAGAAGACUGCAGCAUUUUGUGUCCAUGGGAGGUGCAGCAGACAGCACAUCCAGCAGUACAGCAAACAGCACAGCAGACAGCACAGCGGGCACCGUUGGCCCAGCAGAGGACAGAUUACCGGCCCCUGCUGACACUGACACAGGCACCACAGCAGAUGGCAGGUGCCGGAAGGAGGCCGAGGAGAAGAAGAAGGAAGAGGAGGAGGCAGUGCAGGAUGGCGAGGAAGGAAGAGAGGAACGGCCGCCAGGGAGUAUUAGAAUUCGCCUUAAGUUCCUCGAUGAGACGCAGCGACAUGUCUUUGCUCAACUGACCGAGAAAGUUGGCAGUUUUAAAAGACAGCACUUUUCUAUCGAGCUUGAUGCAAACCGCCACAUUCGCCUCAUCUUCAAUGGCCAACUGCUGAGCCAGGACUCCUCAACGCUGGCACAGUACGGCCUCUUUGACAAUUGUGUGGUGCAUUGUCACGUCUCACAACCCCAACUGCUGCCUCACUCCCCAGGGCGGUCCGGGGAGGCUGCGGCACAGGAGGAGGAGGACGCCUAUGUUUCUAGACUCUUGGCUCCUCUCCUCUACGCAGUGAUGGUGUUGAUGUGGUACCUUCGCUACGAGUACAGCCACCUUUUCAACACCAUGUCCACCAUUAUCCUCCUCUUCCUCACCGCUCUGCUCCUCAUCUCCACCUACCUUCUGUACGUCACACACCACGUGCCUGAGGGUUCUGCCGCCACACACAUCCCCCUGGCAGGCCGCACCACCCACACACACCCCACCACAGCCAACACAUCACCCUCUGCAUCAUGAGCUACACUUUUGGGAUACUCUGUGUUUGCUGUCCUUGUUUUUCAUUAUUGGUGAGUUUUUUUUCCUUGGAAGGUGCUGGAAGGCCUCCUAAUGUUGCCCUGAAUGUGUGGGUAUGUGCCAUCUGAAAGGCUUGGUGUGUGUGUGUGUUUGGUGUGUGUUUGGUGAUUUACUGGUUAAGUUUGUGUUUAGCUGGUUGGCUGAUACACACAUAUGCAUCAGGUUUAGGGUGUGUGUGGUGUGUGUGUUUGGCGAGUCAUAUGGGUCUCAAGCCACUGGUUAGGUUUGUGUUUGGCUGCUUGCCUGACACACACACACACACACAUCAGGUUUAGAGUGUGUGAUGGUGAUUCUGUGUGUGUGUGUGUGUGUGAGUGAGUGAGUGUGUGAGUGUAAUUUAUUGUUGUUUAUUGUGAUAAUCAUUUUAAGGCAAGCCGACAGAUGUUCGUUCCUUUGUGAUGUUGAGUCACUGAGAUGUUUCAUAUUUAUCAAGUUUUGUGUUGGAGUUGAUCUGUUUUUCUUGUUUGGUGUUGCAGGGUGUCUUAACUGUGCAAUGUGUGUAGGUUUGGAUCCUCUUUAGAGUUUCGUUUGUUCAUAAGUAGAUUAAGUUUUGUUUUUAUUAGUCAAGCUUCCUUUUUGUUAGUGAAGGAAUGAAAGAGAUGACUAUUAAUUCAUUUCCAUACAUAAGAAUAAAAUGAUGACUAGACUCA